GCAGCUCGAAGCGAGAGGAUGCUGUUGUUGUUGAUGGUGGCGGCGGCGGCGGCGACCUUGCGGCUCUGCCCGCUGGCCAGAGCUCAGCCACUAUGCCGUACUCACACGGUGAGGACAGGAAAAGUGUUUCAUACCAGACAGCGUAUUCAAGGGGACCGUCUGUAUUUUUCAUCAAUGACAACACGCUUGAUUAAACAUCCUUGCAAGAAAAACGUAGCCCUCUAUUUAGGAAGGCAAGUUUUUCUGACAACAGAUAACUUUGAAAGUAGUCUCCUCCCGUUUUCCAUCCCUACGUCAAUGCAGGUUGGCACACCCAAAGUAACGUCAGCACAUUUUGCUGGUCCAGUUCUGCUCUUAGUACUGAAUCAAAAAGUCUAUAUUUAUGAUUAUGAAGUCAAUUCCUGGAACGCAUCUGUAGGUAUAAAACACCCCGUUUCGCAUCUUUCUGGUGACAAUUGUUGUUAUAGUGGACAUCCCUCUUGCACGGACAUAAGCAAUUCGGUUUUUGCUUAUUUGCACGGAGACCAGGUAUCUGAGGCCAAUAUCUAUUUCUCAGACAGCUGCGGGUACACCUUUCAGAAGUUUGCCUAUGAAAGACAGGCGGAGCUAGCCGGGUCUCUGGGUGGGGUCUUCUACUUUCACUCCUUGUCGCAGGUUGGCCUGCUUCUCAUUGAUCAAGGGAAGGCCAUGUUCUGCUAUUCAGACCACCCCGUGAACCACAGUUUUGGGCUGCCCUUUGACUACAACGGGACCCUUGACAUCCUCAUCACCCCGGGCCAGAAAGGCAUUCUCAUCUUCUGGUUUGAGAAGAGCCUGUUGGUUUCCUGGAAUGCAGGUCAGCUCGUCGACCCGGUCGAGGUGAAGGAAGGACGCCAAAUCGUAUAUUCGUCCCUUUCGGAGGCCAAGGUCACCAUCCACACCGUGGCGGCCAAUGAAAAUGAACUGGCGGUUUUGACUCAGGAGAAUCAUUUAUACUAUGGCAACCUGGGAGUCCUGUCGCGCUCUCUAGUCAAAUUUGCAGACCAAAACAUCUGGUCCCAGGAGGCAGCCCUGAUGUUCACGAACGUGGGGAUGCUGGAAAUCCUGACCCCCCUUCCUGACUCGGUCUUCCUGGCGUUCGAUUUCCAGAAGUGCCCUGUGAACAUCCAGGCGAUUCUCAUGGACCCCAAACUCCAAGUGGACGUCUGCAAAGUAGAACUUCUGCAAGGGGAGUUUGAAAACAAAAUGUACACCAUUGAUAUGAAUAGUGCGUUGGAGUUGACAGCACUGAUGAUACCCCGGCCUGGCAUGUCCCCGGUGCCGCUAGUGAUGGUGAGCAACCCCCACUCCCUGGGGCUGCAGGCUGUCAUCUACGAGGAUGGCUACACCUACGACGGGAACACCAAGCACAGACUGAACAUUUCCCUGAUGCAGCAGCACCAUUGGGGCAGGGCCGACCCCAACUUCACCUCCAGCAUAAGGAGACCCACGAUGUCUACCAUCACUGUGGACAUAGCCAACAAGGAACUUUCAUGCGUGGGCCUCAGGCCACUGACAGCGCUCGUCUCGGUGGGUUGCGACCUGGAGAAAAAGAUCGUCAUCCAGAACAAAAUUACAGCCUGUUACAAUGGCAUCCUCGACCCCGUGGCCCUGCAGGACAAUUACAGCUACGUCAUCGAGAGGGACGCCUACGACCCCAACUUCCGGGGGCAGAAGGCGACCAGGGACCUGGUGGUGCAUUACCACUACGAGCAGCUGGGCUGUCCCCACCUCGUCUACUACGACACCCCGUGGAAGCCCGUGGUGGAACUGUGGCGGGGAGGAAAGUUCAAGGAGGUCGUGGAGGCCGAGUACGUCCUGCUGGAGGUGAACGGGCUUUUCACAUACACGUACUCUCUGACGGCGGGCACCGCGUUCUGCACUGCCCAGCCACAGAACUGGACCACUAUCUUGGAGCACGCCGGCGACAAGGGGCUCUUCGCCUGGGACCGAGAGAACUACGUGAGCUGCCACACUGACGACAACAAAGCCCCCUUGAGGUGGCCAGACGUCCCGUACCAGAUCCUAGGGGGGCCGACGGACAACAAGGUUGUUUUCGACCAAAGGAACGGAAUGUACAUUUUCUUCCUCUCUAUUGUGGACCCUCACUACAGCUACUGUCGCCUGGAGACCUCCUUCAGCGUCUACGUGUACGGGGCCUUCCCGAUGUCUGUCAUCCCGCAGGAGAGCACCGUCUUCCUGCUCACGGGGGCCAUCCUGCUGACCGUGUGGCUGGCCUACUUCCUCCCCAAACUCCUGAGCACCGAGAAGGGCCUCCGGCUGAAGGGCUUCUGGGUCCGCCUGUACGGGAGAUGCAGACAGUCGUGUGCGUGUUGGCAGGGCAGGCGCUGAGCACCCGCGGAGGCCACGGUCCCCAGGGAGCCCUCCGCUGCCGCCCGUGGGACCCAGGUGUCUUAAAAUAAAGCGUU